CUGCCGCUGGUCGUGGUUGUGAUGUGCUGUGCGCAGAGCGUCAACGAGCCCGGAAACAUGUCUUACGUUAAAGACACGGUGGACAAACUGUUGAAAGGAUAUGACAUCCGUCUCAGACCCGACUUUGGAGGUCGACCGGUCGCUGUUGGCAUGAGUAUAGACGUGGCGAGUAUAGACAUGGUGUCAGAAGUCAAUAUGGACUACACACUCACCAUGUACUUCCAGCAGUAUUGGAGAGAUAAGAGGCUGGCAUACUUAGGGAUCCCUCUGAACCUGACCCUGGACAACAGAGUGGCAGACCAGCUCUGGGUCCCAGACACCUACUUCCUCAACGACAAGAAGUCUUUUGUUCAUGGCGUCACUGUGAAGAACCGAAUGAUCAGGCUACACCCGGACGGCACUGUUCUCUACGGCCUCAGAAUCACGACGACAGCCGCCUGCAUGAUGGAUCUGAGGAGAUACCCGCUGGACGAACAGAACUGCACUCUGGAAAUCGAGAGUUAUGGAUACACGACAGAUGAUAUAGAGUUCUACUGGAAAGGAGGAGACAACGCUGUGACCGGGGUGACACGCAUCGAGCUGCCCCAGUUCUCCAUAGUCGACUACAAGUUGGUGUCCAGAAAUGUGGUCUUCUCCACAGGUGCCUACCCUCGACUGUCUCUGAGCUUCAAGCUGAAGAGAAACAUCGGAUACUUCAUCCUGCAGACGUACAUGCCCUCCAUCCUCAUCACCAUCCUGUCCUGGGUGUCGUUCUGGAUAAAUUACGACGCCUCGGCUGCCAGGGUCGCAUUAGGGAUCACCACUGUCCUUACCAUGACAACCAUCAACACCCACUUAAGAGAGACCCUGCCCAAGAUCCCGUACGUCAAAGCCAUCGACAUGUACCUGAUGGGCUGCUUCGUGUUUGUCUUCCUGGCUCUGCUGGAGUACGCCUUUGUCAACUACAUAUUUUUCGGACGAGGUCCUCAGAUGCAGAAGAAACUGGCUGAGAAGGCACUAAAGGCGACUAACGACCGGGAGAACUUGGACAAAGCCAAGUCCCUCCUGGAAGGAGGCAAUUGCAAGACUUCAUCUCUUAAAAUGUCCAAUCAGGUACAAGGGCGCCGUCACUCACGACGGGUCGACACCCCGGGGAACAUUCUGCUGACAACCUUGGAGAUCCACAACGAGGUGGGAGAGAAUGAGAUCACAACCACCUUGACUGAAAUCCACAACUCCUCCACGGUGAACGACAACUCAGGGGUCCUGUACAGGAAGUCGAGCAGGGCGAGCGACUCAGGCCGAUGCAGCGUGGACAGGAACACAUUUCCAAAGAAAACCCGCCUGCGGAGACGAUCCUCACAGCUCAAAAUCAAAAUCCCAGACCUCACUGACGUGAACGCCAUUGACAGGUGGUCACGGAUUAUAUUCCCCUUCUCCUUCUCCCUCUUCAACGUAAUCUACUGGCUUUACUACGUCAACUAAUGCACACACAAUGUUUGUUAAACUCAUUUCUGUCCCAUUCUUGCUUUUGAAUGAAAGGACACUUCUGUAUUCUUUAAGGAUCAUCCUUAUGAACUUUUUUUUAUCAUAGUGAGUGAAGACUGAUCACAGACGUAUCACUCAGCCUGUGUGCAUCUGCAUGUGCACAGUCACAAGGAACUAUCUACGCAAAAUGUUUCAUUUUACAGACUUUCAUGUUCUUUAAAGGACUG